AUGGCUUCAAUGCUUCCCUGUUUAGUUUGUUCCAAUAUCUUCCGAUCUGUGGUUUUCAUCUUUCUCUUUAGCUACUACAUUUCAGUGUCCACUGCAAAACUUUCUGGCAAUGAAACAGAUUACUUAGCCUUGCUUACAUUCAAGAUUGCAAUAAUUUCUGAUCCACUCAACAUCACUGCUUCUUGGAAUGAAUCCAUCCAUUUUUGCAAUUGGAUUGGAAUAACUUGUGGUAGAAAACACCAACGUGUCGUAAAAAUCGACUUGCAUUAUAGUGAACUGGCAGGUUCAUUGCCAUCAGCAGUGGGUAAUCUCAGUUUCCUGAGGGAACUUUUGCUUAACAACAAUAGUUUCACAGGCCAAAUACCUGAUGAAAUAGGCAAGUUGUCAAGACUUGACACAUUGAACCUUGCAAACAAUUCGUUUUCUUAUGAAAUACCAAAGAAUAUUUCGCGGUGCUUGAAUCUUCAUAGGAUUCAUUUGGGUGAAAAUAAGCUAGUUGGUAUGAUUCCUAUGGAGUUUCAGUUCUUGAUUAAGCUUCAAAGGUUUUAUGUUUUUCUCAAUUCUUUAACUGGUGAGGUCCCAUUUUAUUUGGGCAAUUUUUCUUCACUUAAAAGUCUCAGUCUAGGAGGAAAUAAUUUCCAUGGAAGGAUACCUGAUGUUUUUAAUGGGCUAAAAAAUUUGGAGCUUCUUGAAUUAGGACAGAAUAAUUUAUCUGGAACCAUCCCUUCAUCAAUAUUCAACUUGUCAUCUUUGCAGAUGCUUCAGUUAGAAUUCAAUCAGCUUGAAGGGCAGUUUCCAUCAGAUAUUGCAUUCACUCUUCCAAGAUUAGUGCGAGUCAAUCUCGUGGACAAUCGAUUAACAGGGAGACUUCCUCCUUCAAUAUCAAAUGCCACAAAGAUUAAGUUUUUAGCUGUUGAUAACAACAAUCUCACUGGAAAUGUUCCUUUUUUGGGAAGCCUCAAUGAUUUGUACUGGCUUGGACUAUCUGUCAAUCAUUUUGGAAAAGGGAAGUUGGAGGACUUGAGUUUUAUGUCUUCAUUACAAAAUUGUACCGCAUUAAAAUAUUUGUUGCUUCAAAACAAUAAUUUUGGAGGAAUCUUGCCAAGUUACAUGGGAAAUUUGUCCAACCUUUUGUGGUUUACAAUAGGGGGGAAUCUCAUACAGGGAAAGAUCCCAAUGGACAUUUAUCUACUUACGAGCUUGAGGGUACUUGGUUAUGAAUAUAACCGUCUCACGGGUAGUAUUCCAGAGUCUUUGGGAAAACUUAUUCAACUGAAUGUGUUGUCCCUCAACAACAACCAAUUCUCAGGGGUGAUUCCAUCUUCUCUAGGAAAUUUGACAAGGUUGACUCAACUCAGCCUCGGAUCAAAUGCUUUAAAUGGUACGUUACCGUCUAGUCUUGGACACUGCAAAUUUUUAUUGCAUAUGAAUAUUAGAAGAAACAAUCUUAGAGGUCACAUACCAAGUGAAUAUUUCAGGUCUCUGGAGGCACUUUUAGAUUUAGACCUAUCAAACAACCAGAUAACAGGACCUCUUCCUAUAGAUAUUAGCAUGAAGAACUUGUAUUACUUGAGUCUCUCACACAAUAAUUUAUCUGGUGAAGUACCUAGCAAUUUUGAUAGAUUGACUGGUUUGAGGGAGCUCUAUCUUGAUUACAAUGUUCUUCAAGGAACUAUCCCUCCAUCCUUGAGUUCUUUGAAAAGUCUAGAAUCACUUGAUCUUUCACAUAACAACUUUGUAGGGAAGAUCCCAGAAUUUUUCAGUAAACUCUCUUCUUUGAAAUACCUGAAUUUGUCUCACAAUAAUUUGGAUGGUGAGAUACCUAUUGAAGGAGUUUUCUCAAACAAGAAUCAAGUCUCAAUUGAUGGAAACAACAAGCUUUGCGGAGGUGUUCCAGAGUUCAAAAUGCCAAAAUGCACUCAAAUAUCCACAUCAAGAAGAUCACACGUCUCUCGUCCGUUGAUACUUGCAACAUCAAUUCCAGGAGGAAUAGUAGUACUAACAGCGGUGAUGCUUCUUCUUUAUUGGCUUAUUAAGAGAAAGAAAAGUUCAAUCUCAUCAGAGAACUCGACGAUGGAUAUUAUCCUCAGAGUGACUUACAAUACUCUCCACAAAGCAACGGAUGGCUUCUCUACGACAAGUUUGGUGCGAUCAGGAAAGUUUAGCUCGGUUUACAAAGGCAUUCUGGAUCAGAAUGGAAAACUGGUUGCAAUAAAAGUACUUAAACUUCAAGUUAGAGGAGCUUCCAAGACCUUUAUAGCAGAGUGUGAAGCAUUGAGGCAAAUUAGACAUAGAAACUUGGUGAGGCUUUUAACAUCUUGUUCAAGCAUUGAUUACCAAGGCAAUGAUUUUAAGGCCCUGAUUUAUGAGUUCGUCGCCAAUGGUAAUUUGGACAACUGGUUGCACCAAAGUGUGGAUCAUGAGGAAAGUGAGGAACAUAGAAGUUUAACCAUGCUACAAAGACUCAAUAUUGUAAUUGAUGUGGCUUGUGCACUAGAUUAUCUUCAUUAUCAUUGUGGAUCACCAUUGCUUCAUUGUGAUAUCAAACCAAGUAAUGUGCUUUUAGAUGAAGAUUUUGUGGCUCAUUUAGGUGACUUUGGAUUGGCAAAGUUCUUACCAGAGGCUAGAGAUAUGCUCUUCACUAGUCAAACCAGUUCUACUAUAAAAGGGACCAUUGGAUAUGUUCCACCGGAGUACGCUACGGGCAAUAUUAUGUCAACUUACGGGGAUGUGUAUAGUUUUGGAAUUUUAAUACUGGAAACAUUCACCAGCAAGAAUCCUACGGAUGAUAUUUUCGAGAAUGAUCUAAACCUCCAUAAUUUUGUUAAGUUGGGGAUACCAGAAAAGGUAAGAGAUGUUGUUGAUGCUACACUGUUAUGCAACAACGACAAUAACAAUAGUGCUGCAACAAUUGAGUGCCUGAUAUCAGUUCUUCAUAUUGGAAUUGCUUGUUCCAAGGAGCUGCCAAAAGAGCGCAUGGAUAUUAAGGAUGUUGUAAAUGAACUACGAUCCAUUAAUAAUGCCUUUCUUCGAAACAUCCACAGUUGAGAAGAAAGGUUUUAUGUAGGAAA